AUGGCGGAUAUAGGGAAAAUUCCUGUCUGGUUAGACUGUGAUCCUGGCCACGAUGACGCAUUUGCAAUACUCCUAGCCGCACAUCACCCAUCCAUACACCUCCUUGGCCUCUCGACUGUCCACGGGAACUCCUCCCUUGAACACACAACUCGUAACGCCCUCUCCAUUAUCACGGCGAUAGGUCGUCCUGAUAUUCCUGUAUAUCCAGGAGCAUACGCCUCGCUCAACCGGCCCGCAGUUCAUGCACCCGCUAUCCACGGCAUCUCGGGGAUCGAUGGCACCUCCCUUCUACCGACCCCAUUAACGACGGCCAGGGAUGAUGAGCCUGCUGUCGAAGCCAUGGCCUGUUGCCUUCUCUCCACGGCCCCUCAGACAGCUUGGUUGGUAGCAACCGGUGCUCUAACAAAUAUAGCGAUCCUCUUCUCCUCCCACCCAGAAGUAGCCUCCCACAUCAAAGGGCUAAGUAUCAUGGGUGGCGCUAUUGGGGGUAACUUCACAUCCGCGUCAAUGGGCCAUGUAGCAGGGGAUACAGCGGAAAGGAUAGGGAAUUGGAGUCGAUGGGCCGAAUUCAACAUCCUUGUUGACCCUGAAGCUGCGGAUCAAAUCUUCAGCAACUCUAUUGUGAAUAAGAAGACCACACUUAUCCCUCUUGAUGUCACACAUCAAGUUCUUGCUACGAAGGAAGCCCAGGCACUUAUUCUUUGGGGUAAGGAGGGUGUUAGAAGUGCAAAGGGGGAUUUGGACGGGAUGGGGAAGAGUACAUUGAGAAGAAUGCUCCUUGAACUUUUGCUUUUCUUCGCAAAUACAUACGUGGAAGUUUUUGGCUUUAAGACCGGGCCGCCCUUGCAUGAUCCUUUAGCUGUUGCUGCGAUCUUUGAUGGAAUACCCGGCGUUGAGAUCCCCUUUCGCGAUUUUGAGGGUGACGGAGGAAAAAGAGAGAGAUACGGAGUCCAUGUCAUAACGGAAGGUACCCAUGAAGAUGCGCAGAAUGGCGCUGAAACUGGCCGUACUAUCGUGAAAUUGCUACCGGAAGGGGUGGAGGGAGUCAAAAUCCCCAGGGGCCUGAAUAUCCCACACUUUUGGGAAGUGGUGGAGGAUUGCUUAGCCCGAGCGGAUGAAGUUAAUAAGAGUAAUGGCAUGUUGUAG